UCCCGAUCAUCGACGGGGAGCAACACGAAGUGCGAGCCUGCGAGCGUGUCUGCGCAUUACGGGUCUUUUCAUUCGCGGUUGCGUCAUUACACGUGAAGAGGGUAACCCGCCUAUCCUACUAAUUUGUUGGAACUCCAAGGAAUCGUCAAAAGAAAGCCAAAAUGUUGACCGCCGCGAAGAUGCUGAGCCGCACCUACGUUGGUGUAUCAGGUGACAUAGUCAGAAAGCAACAAUUCAGCACAAUCCUAAAAAAUGUUGCUGUUCCAUUAGUUACUGUACCACAACGAUUUACUGACUUACAACAAUAUCGACACAAAUCGGAAGGUGUAAAAGGUGCAGUUAUUGGUAUCGAUCUUGGAACUACUUUCUCAUGUGUAGCAGUGAUGGAGGGUAAACAAGCUAAAGUUAUAGAAAAUGCUGAAGGCUCUAGAACUACUCCAUCUUAUGUUGCUUUCACAAAAGAUAACGAGCGUUUGGUCGGUAUGCCUGCAAAACGACAAGCAGUUACAAAUUCUGUCAAUACAUUUUAUGCAACAAAACGAUUGAUUGGACGCAGAUUUGAAGAUCCUGAAGUAAAAAAGGAUAUGAAUAGCGUGUCAUAUAAAAUUGUUAAAGCAUCUAAUGGAGAUGCAUGGGUACAGGGUGGAGAUGGAAAAAUGUAUUCUCCCAGUCAGAUAGGAGCAUUUGUAUUAAUGAAAAUGAAGGAAACUGCUGCAUCUUACUUAAGCACUUCAGUAAAGAAUGCUGUCAUUACUGUACCAGCAUAUUUUAAUGAUUCACAACGACAAGCUACAAAAGAUGCUGGUCAGAUAGCUGGAUUGAAUGUACUUCGUGUAAUUAAUGAACCAACUGCAGCUGCGCUUGCAUAUGGCAUGGAUAAACAGGAAGAUAAAAUUAUUGCUGUUUAUGAUUUAGGUGGAGGUACCUUUGAUAUCUCAAUUCUAGAAAUUCAAAAGGGUGUUUUUGAAGUGAAGUCAACAAAUGGUGAUACAUUUUUGGGUGGAGAAGAUUUCGACAAUGCUUUAGUUAAUUACCUUGUGAAGGAGUUCAAAAAAGAGCAAGGUAUCGACGUGACUAAAGACGCAAUGGCAAUGCAAAGAUUGAAGGAAGCGGCGGAAAAAGCGAAAAUUGAGCUGUCGAGUUCGCUUCAGACAGAUAUAAAUCUGCCCUACCUUACUAUGGAUUCUAGUGGACCAAAACAUUUAAAUCUGAAAUUGUCCCGAAGUAAAUUUGAAAGUCUCGUAAAUGAUCUGAUCAAACGUACCAUUACACCAUGCCAGAAAGCACUUUCUGAUGCUGAAGUCUCGAAAUCUGACAUUGGAGAAGUCCUGUUGGUCGGUGGUAUGACCAGAGUUCCUAAAGUACAACUAACAGUUCAAGAUAUAUUUGGUAGACAACCGUCGAAGGCUGUAAAUCCAGAUGAAGCUGUUGCUGUUGGCGCUGCAGUUCAAGGAGGUGUACUUGCAGGAGACGUGACGGAUGUCCUGCUACUCGAUGUUACUCCCUUAUCGUUAGGUAUCGAAACACUUGGUGGUGUAUUCACAAGAUUAAUCUCUCGUAAUACAACCAUACCCACAAAAAAGAGUCAGGUAUUCUCUACAGCAGCGGAUGGUCAGACUCAAGUGGAGAUUAAAGUUCAUCAGGGCGAACGAGAAAUGGCUAGCGACAAUAAACUCUUAGGACAAUUCAGUCUUGUUGGAAUUCCACCUGCACCGAGGGGUGUACCGCAAAUAGAAGUAACAUUUGACAUUGACGCGAACGGUAUAGUGCAUGUAUCAGCCAGGGAUAAAGGAACUGGCAAGGAGCAACAAAUUGUUAUACAAUCCAGUGGUGGCCUUAGCAAAGAUGAAAUUGAGAACAUGGUUAAAAAUGCGGAACAAUACGCUAAGGCAGAUAAAAUUAAAAAGGAAAGAGUUGAAGCUCUAAACCAAGCAGAAGGAAUAAUACAUGAUACAGAAACAAAGUUGGAAGAAUUCAAAGCUCAAGUGCCUCAAGAAGAGUGCGACAAGAUUAAAGAAUUAAUUGCAAAAUUGCGAGACACUUUGAGUAAAAAGGAUGAUGCGGAUCCUGAAGAGAUUAAAAGACAAACGAAUGAACUCCAGCAAGCCAGUCUAAAACUGUUUGAGAUGGCGUACAAAAAAAUGGCUGCAGAAAGAGAAAGCAGUCAAAACCAGUCACAACAGGAACCUGAAGGUGAGAAGAAAGAAGAGAAAAAUUAAAUAUAAUUAUGUAAUUUAUGAAAUAAACAAAUUCCAUGCACACAUUUGUACAAGCGAUAUCUGUUGCAAUAUUGCAAGCUUAAGUUCAUUUAUUCAAGUAAAAAAGAAAAGAGGAAAAUAGUUUAACGUAAAAUUAAAUUUCAAUAUUUUGCAAGCGAUAAUGAACAACAAACUAACGAAAUUAAGAAAAUAGUAUAUGUAUUUCUCUUAUAUAUAUAUAUAUAUAAUUACAUACAUAUAUAUACGUAUAUAAUUACAUUCACAUACUUGCAUGGUUGUAAAGGUCAGAAUCUUGUAUUUUUUAAUGUCACGCAAAAUUAAAUUUCUUGCAAAGUCUAAAAUGCAACAAUUAUCGUUAUGUGCAUAGACACGGUUCUAAAUUAAUUUUUCUUAAAAACUCAAUAGUAUUAUGUAUUUUAUACUGAUGGUAAACAAAUGAUCAACAAAUCAAACCUUAAAAUAUUUAGUUGAUUAAUUUUUACCUGCUUACAAAUUAUGUACACAGUUCACUUGCAUAAUAUAACUGAUGCAAAUACAGCCUAUAAACCAAAUGCAAGAUCAAGGUACCGUUCAUAGUUACAAUGAUUAGCGAUGUAAAGCGAUUUGUACCAAAAACAAUACAAUAAUGGUUUGUUAACAGUGUUAUAAUCUCACUAUUGUAGAAUGCUAUGAUAGUAUAUCCAAUGAAUGAAUGUGAGAUGAGAAAAAAUAUAAAGAUGAAAGAGAAAAAUGGAGAGAGUGGGAUGAAUGUGUGUAUACAGAAUAAGUUAAUUCUGUAAGAAAAAGAUUAUUAUAAAGUAUAUCGUUAGAUUACCACAGUAA